AUGUCUUUGACUUGGGUCAAGAACCUCUUAGGGUCUUCAGAGACUCUCAGCGAAAAGUCGUACGCCCAAUUACGGUCGUCUACUGAUGUCGAGUCGCUGGCGUCAACACAAGUCGACAGUCCGCUUGAGACAGAAGAUCACAAACUCAAGACCAUGAUUGAUGCUCGAGUCAUUUCGGACGCGAUCAUUGGUCUUUCUGACGGUCUGACUGUCCCAUUCGCGUUGACAGCAGGCUUGUCGGCUUUGGGAGAUUCGAGGGUGGUCAUCCUCGGUGGCGUCGCAGAAUUGAUCGCUGGUGCCAUCUCCAUGGGCCUUGGAGGAUAUCUGGGAGCCAAGAGCGAAGAAGAAUCCUAUUACGCUACGUUGUCCUCGACCCGCACACAAGUCGCGGAAACACCCUCCGCCGCUGCGAAUUCCAUUUCCACCAUUCUUGAAUCUUUCGAAUUACCAGAAAACCUCGUGAAUGAGCUCAGCUUCCAUCUCACCAAAUCACCGCAUCUGUUGGACUUCCUCAUGCGCUUCGAACACAUGCAGCCAGAGCCAGCAAGCUCGCGAGCAAUCACCUGUGCCAUUACCAUCGCACUUGGAUAUCUCAUUGGCGGGCUUGUCCCUUUGAUUCCUUACUUCUUUGUGCCUCGGGAAGAUGUGCUCUUGGCGCUAUAUUGGUCUUUUGGUGUUAUGUUGAGUUGUCUGUUUGUUUUUGGAUACUCAAAGACUUGUUUUGUUGCUGGGUGGAGGGGCAAGGAGAAGGUUUGGCAGGGUGUGAUAGGUGGUUUGCAGAUGAUGUUUGUUGGUGGUGUGGCAGCGGGUUGUGCGAUGGGGAUCAUCCGAUUAUUCCACAACCUUGCGUUAGAUUGA